AUGGCCAAAAAAGUUCUCGUCGUUCUCACCAGCGCUGACAGGAUUGUCAAGCUAGACAAGCCCACGGGCUGGUAUCUUCCGGAGCUGGCCCAUCCAUAUGAUGUUUUGGCUCCCAAGGCCGAGAUCGUCGUAGCUUCUCCAAAGGGUGGUAUCGCUCCCCUCGAUCCUAGCUCGAUUGACAUGUUCAAAAGCGACGAGUCGUCUGUCAACUUUCUCAACAAUAAUAAGUCGGUCUGGGAGAAAACAACGCCCUUGAAGGAGUUUAUUGGUCGUUCUGACGAGUUCGACGCACUCUUUUACCCGGGCGGGCACGGCCCCAUGUAUGACCUUGUCACGGAUCAAGACUCCAUCAAAUUGAUUGAGGAGUUCCAUAAUGCGGGCAAGCCCGUUGCCGCUGUCUGCCACGGGCCCAUUGUCUUCCGAGACGCCAAAGCUAAGAGCGGCGAGCCGCUUCUCAAGGGCAAGAAUGUGACUGGUUUUACCAACGUCGAGGAGGACCAGGUCCAGCUAAGCGCUGCUAUGCCUUUCUUGCUCGAAGAUGAGCUGAAAAAGGUAGGCGCUAAUUUCCACGCCGCGGAUCAGCCUUGGGGGGAAAAGGUUGUAGUUGAUGGCUUAAUUAUUUCUGGUCAGAAUCCUGCUUCAGCCAAGGGCGUCGGGGAGGCCAUUGCAAAAGCUAUUGGGGUUUGA